AUGAUCUCCUCGGGCUUCACAAACGCGCCCGUGACACAAUUCCUCGUCUUCGGCACCGUCAUUGGCGCGCUACUGGCUACGAUUACGGAUUCGAGAUAUUAUUUGCAUAUUCAAGUCGUGCCGCAUAUUUGGCAGUAUGGGCAGUUUUGGAGGUUUGCGGUUUGGCAGCUGAGCUUCACAAAUUCGACUGAAGUCCUCUUCGCAGUAUUGACGUUUUACCAACUGCGUGUCGUGGAAAGGUUAUGGGGGAGUAGGAAAUUCGCUUCCUUUCUCCUCUCAACUCUCCCCUACACGACCCUGCUUCCUCCUCUCCUUGUAACCUUCGUCCUCCGCCCGUUGACUUUCGGCGCAAUAAACUACCUCCCCGCUGGUCCCACACCCAUCCUCUUCGCCCUCCUCGCAAACUACUACGCUGCGAUUCCAUAUACAUACCGGUACAAGAUCUCGCCGUGGUCCGCACCUACACCAUCAUCAUCAUCGACACAGUCGAAUACCCAGUCCCUCUCAGCGCUCUGGUCACGCAGUCUAACGCUGACAUCAAAAUCACUAUCCUACCUCCCUCCCCUCCAACUCGCGCUCAGCCAAUUUCCGGGCAGCCUGGUCGCGGCAGCUGUGGGGUGGGGCGUGGGCACAGCGUAUCGUAGGGAUGUUCUGCCUGGAGCAAGCCGCUGGAGAGUUCCGGGGUGGAUGGUUGGUGAGGAGAAGAAAGGGGGUUUCGAGGGGCUGAGAGCGAGGCUAGAUGCUGAGAGGGAGAGGGAAGGUGGUGGAGCGGGGUUGGCGACGGGGAUUCUGGCGGAAGACGGGCAGGCGAGGCAAAGGAGGACGUUGGGAGAUAUGGUUGCUGAGCAGUUUAGAGGGGAUAGACGGGCGUAG